CGUUAUUCUGUGGAAGGAGAAUUAAUCAUAUAGUUAAAACGAGUUAAGUACUUUCGUAUAUAUAUGAAACUCCAAGAUUGGACAAUCAUAUACUUCUCAGUUUUUGUUAAGUUCACCUCGCGCGCACAGAAUUCGAGAGAAGUGAAAUCAUGACGAGACAAAUAAUCUCAUCCAUUCUUGUCAUUGUGAUGACAGCAAUGGUUUUCUCAACUGCUCAACUCGAUAGGACGUGUAAAAGUAGUGAAGAAUGCCCUGCAGGAUAUUGUUGUACAUUGCAACCAACUAGAUACAGUAUUCCAACUUGUAGUCCAAUGAUUAAAGAAGGACUAGUUUGUAAGCCAUCGAUUAAUAUUAUCAAUACAACAUUAAGUUAUCCGAAUGGAAAUCAAUUGACAAUAUGGAAUGUCCAUUAUAUUAUGUGCCCUUGCGAAGAUGGUUUAGUCUGCGAUCGUAGAGCAGGUGGAAUAUGCAAAAGCGUCAGCAGCAACGAAGUCUGAAAAAAAAGUCCCAAACAAUAUUUCUUUAUGUAUAUAAAUAUGAUAAAUAUUUAAAUUUAUUUCCAAAGUUUUAAAUAUAAGUUUAUAAAAAUAAAUAAAUUACUAUUAUUAUUACA